AUGAAGAGGCUACAAGAAGUGGCGAUCGUGUGGCUCGUCCUUGCCCUGUGGACCUCAGCCUGCGGAUCCAGCGACGACGACGAAGAGGAUGAUCCUGCAGGAUUCGGUUUCGAUGUGGACAUCAUGGAAAGAGUCGUCGAUCUGGUGCGCACCUGCAGAUCGGAUACUAUAGGUGUUUGCGUCAAAGAGAAGGCUUUGAAGUACGUGGAUCAACUACCCAGUGAUCUGGAUUUGGGUGGUGGGGUGAGAGUGCUGCCAACAGAUGGCGUCAAGAGAUCUUCUCGGUACUUCAGCAAGGACUCUUUACCGAAGGAUCCGGUCGCCAGGGAGGAGGUGCUCGACGCCGUCCUCAGCGACAGGAUCUUGACCUACUUGAGCUCCCACACCUUCCAGCUAAGCAUUCCCGAGACGGCGAUCAGGGAUUUGAGGCGAUCCCUCGGCGACGACGACGUCGUCUUCGUCGACGAAGGUGAGAGCCGUAUUCGGGUUAAGAGGUCUUCCGAUGAUCCUAACGGGCGGACACCUGUCGCCUCGCGCAAGAAGAAGAAAAAGAAGAAGGGCAUUCCGUUAACGCUUCUCCUGCAGCUAAAAGCUGCAGCCAUAGGAGCUCUCAUCCUCAAAGGCGUCGGUUUUUUAGCGUUAAAAGCGCUCAUCCUCGCUAAAAUCGCGUUGACUAUAGCUUCAGUCAUGGCGUUGAAGAAAAUUUUAGAAGAUAAAUCGCACGGUUCAUCUACUUAUGAAGUCAUCUCGCCUCACUCCUACGAAGAGCACGGACACUACGAGAGAUCCAUCAUCGAUGAUCGUGAUUCUUUGCCGUACAAAGGACACCGCUCGGAUUCUUAA